AACUUUCAGAAGCGCGCGCGAGAGAAGUUUCCACAUGCUCCUGCAGCAGCCGUACAUCACGAAGAUGAAAACAAAACAACUACUAACCUCUGCUCUUCUCCUGCUUAUUUACAUUCCAAGCUCAGAUCCUGUUACGGUGACGACAAGCAAAGCAAAAAUGGAUGUGCAUGAAAACACAAAUGCUGUCCUGUCGUGUGAGUUCAGGACAGAAAAAGAAACAAACCCACGUGUUGAAUGGAAGAAGAGAGGCAAAGAUGUUUCAUAUGUUUAUUUUGAAGGGGAUUUUACAGGUUCAUAUAAAGGCCGUGCGUCCAUCGACGGGGCGACUCUGACCCUCCGUGGUGUCACACAGAAAGACUCGGGAGUGUAUCAUUGUGAAGUCACAGCCCGUCAGGACAAAAUCAAGCUUGGGGAGGUCUCUGUCACCCUCAGUGUGCUUGUGCCACCCCAUGCGCCAACCUGUGAGGUCCCGGAAGCGGUCAUGAGAGGAUUUUCUGCUGAACUGCACUGUAAAGAUAAACUGAGUGUUCCUGCUGCCACCUACAGCUGGUACAAAGACAACAAACCACUCAACACUGCCAAUCCCCAUGAUGUCCACUACACCCUGGACACAAAAACUGGGAGUCUGAAAUUUAAGUCAGUGUCUAAAUCUGAUGAGGGUCAGUAUAGAUGUGAGGCCUCCAAUGGUGUGGGAGCACCCAAAAGCUGUGCAGGCCAUCAUAUGAAGAUAACUGAAUUUGAGCUGAACAUGACAAUGAUUAUUGCAAUAGAAGUGGGAGCGUUCCUGCUGCUGGUGUCCUGCUGUGUGUCCAUCUGUCUGUGCUGCAGACGAGGCUGCUGUCACUGCUGCCGCCGCCAGAGUAAAGAAGAAAUAAAACAGAGCAAAACAAAGACCAGCUAUAACCAGCCAACAGAUCCGAGACGAUACAAGCAUACACAAUCCUUUGUGCUGUGAAGAAUGGACUCUUGUUGGCCAGUACCGUGCUAAGAGAAGUGAAUUAAAGUGACCACA